UCUUCGGGCACUUCAGGUACGGGUCGAUCGCGUGGUCGGGCCAGAGGUCGGGCACAGCCGGCGACCACUCCUCAGGAGGUGGCGGAGACCGAGCAGACAAUGCAAGCCAUGCGUAUAUCACCCACUCCUGGGGGCAAUGGCAACGGAUCCAACGGGUCCACCAGCAAUGGCAACGGGAACGGUAAUGGGAACGGCAAUGGUAACGGAGACUCGGCCGCUGUCAGAGGAAGGGGUGGUUUCCGGGCCCGCAAUGACGACUUGGACACCCGUCCCAAGGAUAUCGAUCGCUUAUACGGAAACAUUGGCGAAGAAGUGAGUCUUCUCUGCAAUUACUUCCGGCUGAAGACGCCGACGGCUGUCUUGGUGAACAGCUUUCACGUGAAGUUCACGCCCGACAUUGAGUCGGUGCAGUUGCGCCGGAAGAUGAUAUUCGGCGUCACGAACCCCUUCGGCGACAGUCCCUUCGUCUUCGACGGCGUCUCCAAUCUGAAGACAUUGUGUCCCAAUCGCGAGGAACGCAACUAUACGGUGAAUAACCCCGCAGUUCCGGAUCAGAUGAUUAACAUCAACAUCCGAUUCACGGAGGAGAUCCCGUGGGGCGCGCCUGAGAUGAUGCGGAUGUUCAACACGCAGAUGAGGUCCUUCUUGCGGUACAUCGACUACGUAUUGAUGGGUCGGAACUACUUCGACGUGAAGUCCGCGCAAACUCUCGACGAGUUUAAGAUAAAGCUGUUGCCGGGAGUGGUGACCGCCAUCGCCAAUCACGACGGCGGCCUCCUGAUGGUCGUGGACUCGUCGACGAAGUUCGUGAGGGCCGAGACCGUGAUGGAGGUGAUGAUGGGGUGCCGGCGCGCGAACCCCAGCACAUGGCUCGAGGACGCGAAGCGACAGAUAUGCGGAUCCAUUGUGUUGACCACAUAUAACAACAGGACCUACAAAGUUGACGACGUGGUCACUGGAGCCACGAAUACCCCGCAGUCGCGCAGAUUCCUCAAGAAUGGCGUUGAGAUGAAUCUCGUGGACUACUAUAAGCAACAGUACAACAUCACCAUAAGUCAGGCCAAUGGGCCGCUUAUCGAGUGUCUGCCGUCGCAGAGGGACCGAAGGGCCGGCAGGGAUCAGAAGAUUUUGUUGGUCCCGGAGUUGUGUCAGUUGACGGGUCUGACGGACUCCAUGCGCCAGAACUUCGCGCUUAUGCGCCGCAUUGGGGACGUGUCGCGGCUGAAGCCGGCGGACAGGGCUCGCAAUCUGAAGCAAUUCAUCCAAAAGGUGACGUCCAAUGAGAAGGUGAUUGAGGAGCAGCAGCGCUGGCAA